UGAACUACUUUUUAUUGUUUAUUGAAACGUGAUCGAGCUGGAAAACAAAAGAAAAAUCUUUUUUUAGGAUUUUGGGAUUUUAAUUGAAGUGCUGGAAAAGAAAGCAGAUUGCCAUCCGUUAUCCAUCGUCUUUUUAACGACGCCGCUAUACGCACGCAUGAUGCCGCGCAUGCGAACGGAAGUAACGGACUCGUGUCUCAGGUGGCGAACGUGUCGCCUGGCGAGGGCUCACGCUUUCUCCGUCUUCCAGGUUUGCCUGUACGUGUCGUCAGCCUGGUGCCUUCCCCACCGCCUCCUGCUUCUUCUUAAGGACGCAGUACUAAAAUGACACUUCCGGCAAUAGCAGAGCUGCCUGCUGUGAGCAUUUUCGACGGAGGCCGCGUCGCCGGAGGCUACAUUAUGUCGUCCGAACAAGAAAGGCGAGAGCUUGACGAGAGGGCGAGACGGGGGGAGACGGUGGUCCCAGGUGGUACCGGCGGGAAGAGCCUGGAAGCUCAGGAACGCCUCGCUGAAGGGCGUAGCCGUGGAGGGCAGACUCGCAGGGAGCAGCUAGGGACUGAAGGGUACCAGGAGAUGGGUCGCAAAGGCGGGCUGAGCACCACCGAGGAGUCCGGCGAGGAGCGUGCGCAGAGAGAAGGCAUCCCGAUCAAAGUCGAAGUUCACGAAGCAAGAAGAGACUGAUCGUGCAUGAUCCCCAAUCUCUGUAACAACUCGUGGAAGUCUAAUUGUGUAUUUGAGAGUAUAUGUAAGCACGUAGCAACGAUGGCUUAGGUUUGGUUAGUCUGGGUACGGCGCCGCACGUAGGUUUGUCAAUCAUGCACGCACUCCUGGUGUUUGUGUUUUUUGCAGUCUGCGCGCAUGUUGUAGUUUGUACAUCAAGUGUCUUUUCUAGUUGCAUAAUGAGAUAGAUGUAAACAGCUGCUUUCAUGAGGUUCUA